GAUUGUGAACAUUCCACAUUAUAAAAUUGGAUGGGGAAAACACGUCGUUUGCUAGUGAUUGUCGACUUUUCCCCUUAAUAUUAAGUCGCAAAAGAGCUACUUUUGGAACCAACAGAUAUGCAGUUGAAACAUAUGAAGAAUCUGCUGCCACCACAGGAUGGUGCGGCAAAAAUCACAGCCCUUGCCUGGGCGCCCAACAACACCAAGAUGGCGGUGUGCACGGUGGACCGUGUGGUACUGCUGUACGAUGAACACGGGGAGAGACGCGACAAGUUUUCCACCAAACCCAUCGAUUCUAAGUUUGGCAAGAAAAGCUACACUGUGAAGGCGCUUGCCUUCUCACCAGACUCAACAAAGAUUGCCGUGGGGCAAACGGACAACAUCAUUUAUGUCUACAAGAUUGGAGACGAUUGGGAUUCCAAGAAGGUGAUUUGCAACAAGUUUGUCCAGCAGAGUGCGGUGACCUGCAUGAUAUGGCCUCCCGACGGUAACAUCGUCUUUGGUCUGGCCGACGGCAAAGUGCGCAUCGCAAACAUCAAGAACAACAAAUCCUCCACGGUCUAUGGAACGGAUUCCUACGUCGUCUCAUUGGCGCCAAAUAUGUCCGGCAAAGGCAUCCUCUCUGGUCACGCCGACGGAUCCGUCGUCCGUUUCUUCUUCGAGGACGAAGGCACCGGUGAAUCGCAGGGCAAGAUCUGCACCCACCCCUGCCCGCCCUACGCCCUGUGCUGGGCGGGCAGCAGCAUCGUCGCGGCCGGCUGCGACAAAAAGAUCACCAUCUACGGCAAAGAAGGGCGCAUCAGCCAACAGUUUGAUCACAGUCGCGACGCGGACGAGCACGAGUUCACCGUGGCUGUCAACAGUCCAAGUGGGCAGUCUGUAGUGGUUGGCAGCUAUGACAGGUUGAGGGUAUUUAACUGGGCUCCUCGUCGAGGCAUGUGGGAAGAAGCCAAGAUGAAGGAGAUCAAGAACCUCUACACCAUCACUGCACUGGCCUGGAAGAAGGAUGGCUCUCGCCUCGUGGCAGGCACCCUGUGUGGGGGAGUGGAGUUGUUUGACUGCUGCCUGCGUCGCGCCAUCUACAAGAACAAGUUUGAGAUGACAUAUGUGGGCUUGUCCCAGGUCAUCGUCAAAAACCUGUCUUCUGGGACUCGCGUCGUGCUGAAGUCUCACUAUGGAUAUGAGGUGGACGAGGUUCGUAUUCUCGGCAAAGAUCGCUACCUGGUGGCGCACACAACAGACACCUUGCUGCUGGGCGACCUGUCCAAUAACAAACUCAGCGAGGUGCCCUGGCAGAACACGGGCGGCAACGAGAAAUUCUUCUUUGAGAAUGAAUCGGUGUGUAUGAUAUUCAACGCCGGGGAGUUGAGUCUUGUCGAGUAUGGGAGCAACGAGAUCCUUGGUUGCGUGCGCACCGAGUUCAUGAAUCCUCAUCUGAUCAGCGUCCGUCUGAACGAACGCAAACAGCUCGGCGUCGAAGACAACAAGAAGAUGGCCUACCUCGUCGAUUUGAAGACCAUCGCUAUCGUGGAUCUGCUCAUGGGUUUCAACGUGGCCACCUUGCAGCACGACUCCAAGAUCGACUGGCUGGAACUGAACGAAACCGGCAGGAAACUGCUGUUCCGUGACAAGCGACUCAGGCUGCAUCUCUUUGACAUCGACACCCAAACCAAGACCACCAUUCUCAACUAUUCCAGCUACGUCCAGUGGGUGCCACAAAGCGACGUGGUCGUUGCCCAGAAUCGCGGCAGUCUGUGCGUGUGGUACAACAUUGACCACCCGGAACGGUGCACCAUGUUCAACAUCAAGGGAGACAUUGUAGACCUUGAGAGGGCCAACGGCAAGACUGAUGUCAUCGUGAACGAAGGAGUGGCAACAAUCUCUUACACUCUGGACGAAGGACUGAUUGAGUUUGGCACAGCGAUCGAUGAUGGCGACUUCACAAGGGCUGUGGCUUUCCUGGAGACUCUGGAGAUGACUAACGAGACGGAGGCCAUGUGGAAGACGCUGAGCCGUCUCUCCCUUGAGGCUAAGCAGCUGCACAUAGCCGAGCGCUGCUACGCUGCCCUCGGGGACGUGGCUAAGGCUAGGUACCUGCGCAACGUCAACAAGAUGGCCGCGGAACUUGCCCAGGAAAUCGGCGGAGAUGGGACCCAGCACUACACUGUCCGAGCCAAGUUGGCCAUCUUGAGCAAAGACUUCAAGGAGGCGGAGUCCGUAUUCCUGGAGCAGAAUGCCAUUGACGAAGCCAUGGAGAUGUACCAGGAACUCCACAAGUGGGACGAGGCCAUCGCUGUUGCCGAAGCCAAGGGUCAUCCUGAGCUGGAGAGCCUCCGUCGCAACUACUACCAGUGGCUGAUGGACACCAGCCAAGAAGAGAAGGCAGGAGAGAUGAAGGAAAACGAAGGGGACCAUCACGCGGCCAUUAACCUGUACAUGAAGGCCGGUAUGCCCGCCAGGGCCGCCCGGCUCGCGACGAGCCGGGGAGAUCUGAUGGAGAACAGGGAGUUGAUUCAGCGAAUCGCCGCCGCGCUCAUCAAGGGAGAAUUCUACGAACGGGCUGGGGACUUGUUUGAGAAGACCAGAGAUGAACAGCGAGCCCUGGAGUGCUACCGACGAGGAAAUUCCUUCCGACGAGCUGUGGAGCUGGCCCGAGGAUCCUACCCGACUGAAGUGGUUCGUCUGGAGGAGGAAUGGGGAGAUUAUCUGGUGUCUCAGAAACAGAUGGAUGCGGCUAUCAACCACUACAUCGAGGCUGGUUGUUCCCAAAAGGCCAUUGAGUCGGCUAUCAAUUCCCACCAGUGGAGUAAAGCAAUCCAGAUCAUUGAGAUCCAGGAUCCGUCCGUCGGUGAGAAGUACUACCCUAAGAUUGCCAAGCACUAUGCCACCGUCAGAAACUUUGAGAUGGCUGAGCGAUAUUUUGUGCAGGCUGGAAUGACCAAAGAAGCCAUUGACAUGUACACGGCUGCAGGGAAAUGGGAGGCCGCACACAAGCUCGCCGUUACCUGUAUGAAAGGGGAAGAGGUCGCGGUGCUGUACGUCACCCAGGCCCAGCAGUUAGAGAGCCAAGGCAAAUUCAGAGAGGCAGAGAGGUUGUACCUGACAGUGGAUGAGCCCGAUCUAGCCAUCACCAUGUACAAGAAGCAGCGCCAGUACGAUCACAUGAUCCGCCUAGUCAAGCAGCACCACCCGGAUCUACUGCAAGACACCCACCUACAUCUGGCUAAGGAGUUGGAGGGAGAGCAGGCCUUCCGACAAGCCGAGCAUCACUACAUUGAAGCGCGGGACUGGAAAGCUGCCAUCAAUAUGUACAGAACUCAAGAUUUGUGGGACGAGGCGUACAGGGUUGCCAAGAACCACGGUGUAGCCAACACUGCUAAGCAGGUGGCUUAUCUGUGGGCCAAGAGCCUAGGGGGAGAUUCGGCCGUCAAGCUACUCACCAAGUUUGGUCUCUUGGAGUCGGCCAUUGACUACGCCACAGAGAACUGUGCGUUUGAGUUCGCCUUUGACCUGGCCCGCACCUCCAUGAAGAAUAAGAUGCCGGACAUCUCCCUGAAGCACGCCAUGUUCCUGGAGGAUGAGGGCAAGUACCCGGAAGCAGAGGCGGCGUUCAUCAAGGCGUCAAAACCCAAGGAAGCUGUCUUGAUGUACGUUCACAAUCAGGAUUGGGACUCGGCUCAGCGCAUCGCCGAAGAAUACGAUCCGGACAGCGUGACGGACGUCCUGAUCGGUCAAGCCCGUUACGCGUUUGACCAGAAGGAGUAUCAGCGCUGCGAGGCAUUCUUACUGCGUGCCCAGCGACCGGAACUAGCCAUCAAAUACUACAAGCAAUCCAACAUGUGGCAAGAUGCUUUGAGAGUCUGCAAGGAGUAUGUACCGCACAAACUGCAGCAGCUGCAAGACGAAUACGACCGAGAAGUGCUCAACAAAGGAUCCAGUGGUGCGGAUGCGCUGGUUGGCCAGGCCAAGGAAUGGGAAGCAUCUGGGGAGUACAACAGAUCUGUCGACUGCUAUCUGAAGGUCACUACUCAACAGACAAAUGACGAGAAGGUCCUAGUGGCCUGCUGGACAAAGGCUGCUGAGUUAUCACAGAAGUUUCUGGACACGUCCAGAGCUCUCAGUGUUGUGCGCAUUGUCGGCCCGAGAUUGGCGGAUGUCCAGAAAUAUAAGGAGGCAGCUGAGAUGUACCUGAGCGUGGACAUGAUCAAGGAAGCCAUCGACAUCUUGAUGGAAGGCGGCGAGUGGAACAAAGCCAAGAAGGUGGCCAAGGAGCUGGAGCCACGCUACGAGAGCUACGUGGACACCAAGUACAAGGAGCAUCUCAAGAGCGAAGGACAGGCUGAGUCGCUGAUCGGUGUUGACGUCAUUGCGGCGCUGGACAUGUACGCCGGCCGCGGCGAGUGGGACAAGUGCAUCGAGACUGCCGAGAAGCAAGGCUUCAAGGUCCUGCACAAGUACGUGGCACUGUACGCCACGCACCUCAUUAAGGAGAACCAGAUUCACAAAGCACUGGAACUGUACGUACAACACGGGGCACCGGCUAAUCCACAGAAUUACAACAUUUACAAGCGCAUUGUGAUGGAGCUGCUUGCUAAUCCCCACAUGAAUCAGGCGGAGGCUUUCCGCAACUGGGCAGACCUGAGGGAUGUACUCUUCAAUCUGUGUGAACAUAUGACCAAGUCAUCAGAUGCCAACACAGCACAGCAUGAGGAGUUUGAAGCCAUGUUGACCAUCGGUCACUACUAUGCGACACGGAGCGUUUGUAUGGGAACACAGAAUCUGGAGACUUUAGCGGCCAAGUUGUCCAUUUCUCUGCUCCGUCACACUGAUAUCAUCCCAGCUGAUAAGGCCUUCUAUGAGGCCGGCAUGCACGCUAGAUCACAAGGAAUGCUUAACAUGGCCUUUGUGUUUCUGAACCGAUUCCUGGAUCUGACAGAGGCCAUAGAAGAGGGCAGUCUGGACAUGUUGGAUAAUACUGACUUCCAAGACACGGAUAUUCCAUUUGAAGUUCCCCUGCCAGAGCGUCAGCACGUCCCAGAGGAUAAGAAGGAGGAAGUUAAGGAGUGGGUGCUGGCAGUAUCCAUGGACCAACAGGUGGAACAGUCUUUAGAUCAUGAUGAGAGAGAGACUUACGUAGCAUCCUUGGUAGCGGCGAACACCAACAUUCAAUCACUGCCUUGUGUUAUAACUGGUUAUCCCGUGCUGAGGAACAAGCUUGAAUUCAAGAGACCCGGCAAGGCUGCCAACAAAGAUGAUUGGAACAAGUUCCUCAUGGCUACCAAGAUGUCACACAGCCCCGACUGCCAAGACGUCUUGAAGUUUGUUGGUCAGUGGUGUGGAGCAGCGCCCAAUCAGAGCUAUACAUUCCAGUAAAUCAUCUCAAACUUCCCUCUUCAAGACGUGGAAUUGUUGAGCUGGUCCCAGAGGGCCAGCCUAGUGUCGUCUUUGCACCUAUCUCACUGACUGACUGACUGACUGUCACUUGUGAACCGGGCAGUGCUAUCACGGAGGAUUACCGAGUAAUGCCAAUGAACGUAUAGCUAUUUUUGGCCAAUUGUGUAUAGCCCCGGUGAAAAUUCCAGUUGAAACCAGUUCAAAACCAGUCCCCAUUUUUCAGUGCAAAUGGUACCAGUUGAAACCAGUUGAACUGGUUUGAACUGGAAUUGUGAGCUGGUGGACCAGAUGCAUGAAAAGACUCCCAGCGAAAA